CCAGUUUGUUUGAAAUAGUUUCAUUUCAUUAAUCAUGGGUAAGAGGCGUGACUUCUGGAUACUGACCAAUCGGCUUUCUACAUUUACGAUAAACCCGUGUUCUUACGAUUAAAUACAAUUCUGAGUAGUGUGAUGGGGUAGCGAUUUUAAAACACAAGUAGAAACAAUCGAGUACAAGGAAGUGGAUUUUUAGUAAAUGUAAGUGACAGUAUAAUUUAGAGCUUGAAUUGCCUGUUUUAUGUCUGAUCGAGAAAACAUAGAAUUGACACUGUAAACAAUAGAGCUAAUGAAGGAAGCAAAGAAGCGGCGCCGUACUGCUUUAUUCUAACUGUCUGCCGUUCGUUUCUGCAGAGGAUCAGUGGGGUCCGUGGCUCUGAACGGGAGCAAAUCGAAGUCGCCGGACAGAUCCCUAGCUUCACGCUCCACUGGGCGCGGAGGAGCAGCAAGAUCCUUGAUGUCCAACCAACGUAUAUUUGAAGACAUUAUUUUCUUCAGUAUAAAAAGAAAGUCUAAGGGAAAAUGGCAGAGCUAAAUAAAGAAGUUAUUGAUCUGGUUUGGGGAAGACGAACUGGCAACGGUGUGUCAGAUACUGUCUUCUGCAGGUGGACCCAAGGAUUUGUCUUCAGUGAAACAGAGCCUACAGCCCUAGAACAGUUUCAAGGCGGUCCUUGUGCAGUGAUUGCACCGGUCCAGGCUUUUCUUUUGAAGAAUGUCUUGUUUAAUUGUGAGAACUCCAAGUGGAGGGAGUGUUCAGAAGAGGAACGGAAAACUGUUCUUUGCAAUACUUUAAGUGACAUUUUAGAAACUGUUUGUUUCAACAAAUCAAAAUCCUACUCUUUAGUAACCUGGUCAAAAGGCAAAGUGUCAGAGGACAAUGCCAGCAUUUCUGACAGUCAUCCGGAAUCCAGCCAUCAUACAAAGGAUGAAGAACCUUCUACGUUGGCUGCUGAGGAGCUUGGCUUUGAGCGAUUUCAUACAAUAAUUCACAAAAGAACAUUGAAAACUGUUGGUGAGAUGAAGGAAGCAAUUUUGGAUCUUUAUGAUACAUGGAGGAACAAAUUCGGAGUGCUGCUUUUUCUGUAUUCUGUCAUAUUGACAAAGGGUAUUGGAAAUGUAAAGAAUGAAAUUGAAGAUUCAGCUGAACCCCUGAUCGACCUUAUAUAUGGUCAUGGAAGCCAGAGUUUAACCAACCUGUUGUUGACGGGCUAUGCAGUUUCCAAUGUUUGGGAUGGAGACAGGGAAUGUUCUGGGAUGAAACUGCAGGGUAUACACAAUCAAGCAACUGUAGGUUUUCUUACUUUAAUGGAGUCCCUACGAUAUUGUAAGGUUGGAUCAUUUCUAAAGUCUCCAAAGUUCCCUAUUUGGAUACUUGGCAGUGAAACUCACCUCACUGUAUUUUUUGCCAAGGAAAUGCUCCUGGUUGCUCCUGAAUCCCCAUCAGAACAAGCAAGGAGAAUUUUCCAAACCUUUGACCCAGAAGAUAAUGGAUUUAUACCUGAUACAUUGCUGGAGGAUGUAAUGAAAGCACUGGACCUUGUGUCAGAGCCUGAGUAUGUAAACCUCAUGAAGAGUAAAUUAGACCCUGAAGGAUUAGGAAUAAUAUUACAAGGACCUUUUCUACAAGAGUUCUUUCCUGACAAGAACUCUGUUAUUCCAGACUCAUUCCCUGUGUACCACUACAAUGGACUGAAGCAGUCUAACCACAAUGAAAAGGUUAUGUAUGUAGAGGGAACUGCUUUAGUUGUGGGCUUUGAGGACCCAAUGGUGCGCACGGAUGAUACUCCAAUCAAACGCUGUCUGCAAACUAAAUGGCCAUACAUUGAGCUUCUGUGGACCACCGACAUAUCUCCUUCAUUGAAUUAACUUGACUUCUAUCUGAAAAUGAAUCAGAAAAAAAUCAGAAUGGCCUAAGCUUUAACAUCGUUAUGGUACACUCAAGCAGCUGGUGCUGACUUCAGUAUAAUCAGGGUCUUUUCUUUCCCUGGAUUGUACAGAGGUGAAUUGCCAUUAAAUAUUAAAUUAAGUUGUUUGUUCCACAUUAACUACUUUUCCUAAGGGUAUAUUUAAUUGGGAAACCCUGAAUGAUUACCUAUUUGCGUGUUAUGUAUUUUUCUUUUUUUCAAAUUGUUUCAUUUGAGCUUUUUUGUUCCCGUAAUGGUACUGCUAUUAUUUAGCGCCAAUCACUUUCUUCUGAAGUCAUAUUAUUACCUCAUAAGCAUUGGGUUUAAUGCAUUUGUCAAAAUAACAGCUGUAAACAGAACUUGCAUUAAGCAUAAUUGGCCCCCACCCACUCCAAUUGAAAAAGCUUGCUUGCAAAGCUAUAUUAAUUCAAGUAAGCCGUUUAUCUGUUGUGAUGUUUUGUUUGUUUUUGUUUGUUUUUUAUUGGAUUGGGCAACAAUUGACAUUUUAUUAGGCAACAAUUUAUACUGUCUGUCCUGUUAAGUAAAGCAAAAAUAUCUAAAACUAUUUGAAUAUUUGAACAUUAUGCAUAGUUCACUUAAAGAAUAAGAAAAAAAAUAAGUGGCUAUUAAAUCAUAUAACUUAUAUAAAUACAACACUGGCACAAAUGCAAGACACACUUCUAAUUUGGAUUUAGGGUUAAAAAUGAUACACAUACAGUUGCUGAGUAUUGCCAACAUUCCUUUAUCCUCUAUCUAAACUGGAACCAUAACCAACUUUUUAUUGCUGUGUUUAAUGCAUGAGAAAAGAUUGUUGUUGUCGACACAUCUCUAGUGUUCUGUUAUUUAUUACGAUCCAGUGGCCUACCUGAAAUAAACAUUUUUUUUCUUGAA